AUGAAUCCGAUCACCCUCGUCGCUACACUUUGCCUGGCUUAUUCAGUUGCUGGAUAUUUUGCAUGUCUAACUGACGGAAAAUUUACAUUCGAUUUGUUCGGCGAUAUUGAGAAACCCCAUAGAGACCUCCUCACAAGAUUUCUCAACAGGACUUUCGACGAUGGCGAUUUAGUGCUGGAAUACAAAGUGGAUUCCAGCGGAUACGAUGGCGAAGUAUACAUGAAAUUCCCAUCGGUUAUUCUACGAAAUGUUCGUGCAUAUCUUUUCAAGUCCAGUAACAAGCGACCAAUAUUCUACAUGUAUAAAAUGGAAGAUCACAGUGUUCGAAGAGUUCAUCCGUGGGAUUUCAUGAAUUAUUUGACCUAUUGCAAGCUUGAUCCUGAACAAUUAGAAGAUUAUUAUUACUGA